GCGGGGCUGCUGCCGCCGGGGUGGUGCCAGCAGAGCCGGCCGGCUCCGCGCCUCGGGAUGUGCUGAGCAGGAGCCGCUCCGCUCCCGCCCGCAGCCCGCGCCGCCCCUCGCCUGCUCGGAACGGGUCGCUCGCCGGCGGCGGAGGAGCCCGGCGAGCUGUGUGAAGAAAGUCUUCAGCCAUGGAUGUGUUCAUGAAAGGGCUUUCCAAGGCAAAGGAAGGAGUCGUAGCAGCAGCAGAAAAAACCAAGCAGGGUGUGGCAGAGGCAGCAGGAAAGACGAAAGAGGGAGUCCUCUAUGUGGGUUCCAGGACCAAGGAAGGAGUUGUCCAUGGUGUUACAACAGUGGCUGAGAAAACCAAAGAGCAGGUGUCCAAUGUUGGGGGAGCUGUGGUGACAGGAGUGACGGCGGUGGCGCAGAAGACGGUGGAAGGAGCAGGGAACAUCGCUGCAGCCACUGGCUUGGUGAAGAAGGAUCAGUUGGCCAAACAGAAUGAAGAAGGUUUCCUGCAGGAGGGAAUGGUGCAUAAUACAGGUGUUCCUGUGGAUCCUGAGAACGAGGCUUAUGAAAUGCCUCCAGAGGAAGAGUAUCAAGACUACGAACCUGAAGCAUGAGAGUCCUUUCCCUCCUUUCUAUCACCUGAAAUCUACUAACUACUAAAGACGUCCCAUCCUGUACAAGUGCUGAGUUCCAAUGUGCCCAGUCAUUAAAUUUUUUUACAGUUUUUACGGUGUAUUUUGAAGUCUUCCAUCAGCAAUGAUUGGAGUAUCUGUGACUGCAUCCACCUUGUUUCAGCAUUUCCCGCCUGGUGAAAUGAAAGCUGGUUGGCAGGGUCAUUAUUGUGCUGUGGAUAUUGUGGCUUCAAGUUUAAAAGUUAAAAAAGAAAAUAUUAAGUAAAAACACCUAAGUGUCUACUGCUUAUUUCUAAUUCUGUACAUGUUUUGUUGAUAGGCUGUCAGUAAUUUGAUAUUGUUUAUGAUACAGUUUUUAUUUGUUUCCUAUGACUAUUCUUUCUGUGCAGAGAUGACUUAUUGUGAGAGCUUUAUAUAUAUGUGUAUGUAUUAUACAUAUAAAAAAGUAAUUGAGCAUGAACUAUGCACCUAUAAAUAUUAGCUGUUGAAAUUGUUUUGUGAUGUGUUUUAUUAACAUGUGUCUGUAAAUAAUGGUGUUCAACUGGAGCAAAUAAAACAUACCCCAUUAAAAAUUAA